CAAGACUUCAUAAAAUUUUAUAAAAUAUUUAUCGUAUCUUGUGACGUAACGUUAAUAAAUUGUUAAUAAUAUUACGCGAAAAAUAUAUAAUAUAUUACUACACGAUAGGCGCGGAGGUGGUUGCCAUAUCGACGGACUCGAAGUACUCGCAUUUCACGUGGGUGACGACGCCGCGGAAACAAGGAGGUCUAGGUGAAAUGAAGAUUCCGUUGCUCUCUGAUAAAAGCCAUCGGAUUACAAAGAGCUACGGCGUGCUGAAUGAGAGUCAAGGGAUAGCCUAUCGCGCUCUGUUCGUCAUAGACAGGCAACAAGUCAUACGCCACGUAACAAUAAGUGAUGAGGAUAUAACGCGAUCGGUGGACGAAGCCUUGCGUGUCGUGAAGACGUGCUGCUUCGUGGACAAACAUGGCAACGUGUGCCCUUAUGGACCAUUACAGGCGAAGAGCGUCUCCAGGGAGGAGUCGGAUUACUUCAGCACUACUUGAUCCCAAUAAAGAGUCGUCAGCCGUGUUUUUCUGAUCGAGACUGUUUAUCCAAGAAUUAACAAUCCUCUUUACUUAUUCAGCAUCGAAUUCUGCAUUUAUAAAUAUUUCAAAUACUAAAUAGAUAUAAAAAUUAGAUAUUUUACAUC